AUGAACAUUAAGCAAUGGGAGGACGAGACGCUGAGAUCCUACAUAACCCGUUUCAACAAGGAGGCCCUCUCAAUUGACGAGGCAGAUGACAAGAUACUCGUGGUAGCAUUCACUAAUGGGUUACGAAAGGGUAAGUUCUUGUUUUCUCUGUACAAGAACGAUCCAAAGUCCAUGUCGGAUGUGCUUUACAGGACCACCAAGUAUAUGAACACGGAAGACGCACUGCUGGCUCGGGAGGAUAAGCCCAGAAAAAGGGAAAGACAGGACGACACGAGGCAAGAUAGGGGGCGCAAGAUGGCUAGGACCAGAGAACGACAGGAUGAUAGACGCUCCAAACCCCUCACUGGGAGGUUCACAAGCUUCACCCCAUUAAUUGCCGCAAUAGAUCAGGUCUUAAUGCAGAUCAAAGACAAGGGAGCCCUGAUGUUUCCCGGCAAGUUGAAAGGAGAUCCCAGUAAGAGGCCAAGGGACAAGUACUGCCGCUUCCAUCGAGACCACAGGCACGACACAACUGACUGCUACGAUCUAAAACAACAGAUAGAGGCCCUUAUAAGACAGGGGAAGCUACAGAGGUUCGUUAGUAAGGAAAAAAAGGAUCCACACCAAGAGCAAGCCCUGCGACAGGAGAAUGAGCACCCAAGGCCGCCCAUUGGAGACAUAAGGAUGAUCGUAGGGAGCACGGAAACUUCUGUGUCGUCCAAAAAAGCCCGGAAGACCUACCUGAGAACGGUCUAG